AUGGCGUACAUGGAACUGCAAAUAAGAAAGCUCCCUUAUGGCAUUCUUAAGAAAUUAGCAGAUCAGCUUGACAUGGAGUCGGAUGGUCCUCGUGACUGGAAGGCCCUCAUCAGUGUGAUGCCAAGUACUAUGUAUUCAAGAGAACAGGUACAUAGUAUAGUUUAACAAGAGAGCUCUUACAAUCGGCAUUUAGUCUCGCUUGCUUGGAGACUAGAAAAGAAAUGAGCAGGUGAUUAAUUCUACACAAAACAGGAUUUUCUCGUGAAAGGGUUUUUCACUUUCUUCUUUAAUUUAUUGAUGGUACUUUUUAUAUAAUAUUCAACAAUUUGUUUCUGAAUUGAUUUAGUACAUGUGUUAGCAACAACCGGAAACACAUCUGCAGUCGCAGGCUAUACGCCUGUAUAAUUACACAAAAAUUCAAGGGCCAUGAUUCGAGGGAAAUUACGUCAUUGCCAGAGAUAAAAAACGUGAUGAGAACAUGGUGCGUCAUUUCAAACAUCGCCAAAAGACUCAUUUGCAUACAAUUCUGAAAGUUUACAACACUCACGAUUGAAGUUUUGCUAAUUAUAAGAUUCUUCUUCUUUUUUUUCCGACCACUGAAGUGUUCACUUGUUCCAAAGUAAUCAAUACUUUCAAGCGAUACAAUUUGUGGACUGAACUGUUCCGGAAAAGCUCUAAAUUUAAUCUUUCCUAAGCUUUCUUUGCAAAACAUGCAUGGCUUUGGUCGUGCAAUGAUUCUUAUUCCUAGUUUCCACAGUCACCGCUAGGAACGCCUGGGACCACAACCGCCUUUUUGUGUACUAAAUACACUCACUUAUGCAUUAACGAGACUAAUAAUAGUUAUAUUGCGUAAACUUGAUUUUCAGGUGUUGUGAAUGGACACCUUCUCUUGGUGGACUUGUAAAUGGUCACCAAGCUGCAGUCCCAGCAAUUUUUCACCUACUUUUUUAAUGUCUUAUAAGCUGUCAUGGACAUCCUCAGAAGCUGAAAUAAACUUCCUUAAGCAGACCAUCUCCAGUAGCAUUUGCUAUAAAAUGUCCAUAUUCUACUCUACUUAAUGGUGAAAUUUGGAAUUUAAUUGAAACAAGAAAUUAUUUCCACUUUUCUUGAUUUUCAAGAAUAAUGCCACUUUUUAAAUUUUAACUAACAUGUUUUGACGGUACAUCCGUCAUUGCAGUGUGAUGGUUAUGAAAGUUUACAGCAAUAAAACGUGCCUGUCACAAUUUAUAUGUUACAUUGUGUUGGAAUAAAAAAAGGCUACAUAAAUAUUUAAGUUAUCAGAAAAAUUGUAACAGGCACGUUUUACCACUGUAUUUAAACUUUCAUAACAUACAAUGAUGGAUGUACCGUGGAAACAUGUUUGUUAAAAUUAAAAAAGUCGCAUUAUUUUUGAAAAUUUCUACAUUUUUGCAGCUGUCUUGACCAUUUGCUUGAUUUGCUUUAAUUAGCUUAUCGCAUUUUAUAACUUAUGUUGACCUGAAACCUUUGAAACUUUGCUUAGUUUAGUGGCCUCUGUCCCCUGCAUUAAAAAUACAAAAAAAUAUGCGAGGAAGUUGAUGUUUGAGAAUUUAUUCACUGAUCAUGAGGCUUGUGUUUACUUAUAGUAAAGAAUUCACUGAAUAAACUUAAGUGUAACCCUUAUUUCAAAAAACAUCUUGCUCCUAAGUUAAUGUAUUUACAGUGUGACUACUGAAACCAGGGGGCACUUGGAAGAAGAUUAUCCAAUCACAACGUUUUUUGAAAACAAAAGAUUUUCAAGUGUUUUUUGGAAAUGGACAAAUAAAAUUCAAGGUUCAACUAGGCAACUGUUAAAAACUUUAAAACCAUUUGAACUUACUUGAUCUCUCAUGAAACAACCCUAAAAAUUUAUUAAUGUUAUUGGUCUGUUUACAAAGAACUGGAGAAUCUUUUGUUUUUAAAAAACAUUUUGAUUGGAUAAUCUUCUGCCAAGUGUUCGAGUUUGAGUAGUCUCACUGUAAGUAACACAGAAAUGUAAAGAAAAAUAAACAUUUAAAAUUAUUUAUAUUAACCUUAUUUAUUUCCAUUCUUACCGUUUAGGUUUCAUCCUUUGAAAAUCAAAGAGCAAGAAUGGUAGGCAGUCCUUCCAUGGCUUUGUUAACAGACUUGGGCCAAAGGUGCAAGACUGUCAAACAGUUGGUUGUCUGGCUAAAGAAAAUUGGCCAUGAUACAGCAUUAGACAUCUUGGAAUAUCAUGGUAAUGGAAAUCUACUUGUAUAAUCAUUAUUAGUAAUAAUUAAGGUGGAAAAUUUUUUGUGUAUGUGUAACAUUAAAAACAUUGGUUAUACGUACACCCUCUUACAUCCAUCAAGUACAGGUGAUUAUUUGUGUAAAUUUCAUUAUUCACUUCAGGAAAAUUUGCUUCAAGGUUUGCAAAGUUAUCUUGUUUAGUCCUGUUAUCUAUCGUAAUUUAAUUUUUCUCUCUAACGUGUUCAAGGUCACCCAAAUUUGUAAGUGUCUGCUUUGUUGUUUUCCUUUCCUGUGUUAUUUUGUCGUGGUCCAUUGCUUUUAUUAAUUUUGUAUUCCUUAGCAACUUUAAUUUUGUUUUAUUUCAGCAAAGUACCUUGCAAUCGUAGUUGAUGUGCAUGUAUGUGUUAUAAAGGGCAUGUUGAGACUAUAAUACAUGUACUUCCAUAUUUUUUUUCUAGAGGGUAAUUCUGAGAGUAUUAAAAUUACACUGUUCACAUUCAAGUACCUUGUUGUUUAUCUAUAAUGCGUGACAAAUGCCCGUGUUGAUGUUUAUCAAUUUAAUAAUAUGUUUGGACACUUUACAGAGGAGGUGCAAAUCACCGAGCAACCCAAGUCACAGCCAGUCCGUGUUGGUUCAACUGUGACCUUGAGAUGCAAGGCCACAGGCUACCCAGCUCCACAAUAUCAGUGGGUGAAGGAUGGAACAGAGCUUCCUGAUGGGAUUGAUGAAGAACUUACCUUUGAUCCGGUUACUUUGCAAGACAGUGGCAAAUAUGUGUGCAUUGUGUCCAACAGAAUAAAUGCAGAAAAAAGCAACAAAGUGGAGUUACAAGUUUUGCCAUCACCAGGUUUGUUAAAAGAAGUUUUGCAGGUCACACUACAAUAUCAAAGCCCAUGUCAUCUAAAUUGCAUAUCCCCUCUUUCACGACAUAUUGUGAGGCCAAGUUUCUAGGGAGGUCGGUUACAGUACGUAACUCUAAACCCGGGUUUAACUGCAAAUUGCCAUGAUCAAAUACAUCUGGGCUGGAUUUGCACUAAUUGUUUGUUGAACAAAUCAACACAGACUGAUAUUCGUGGGUUGGGGAAAGCAAUAAAUCUUUGUAAAUCGCUUUAGUUGCUGUCUGUGAUUUUACAAUAUUACAUUUUUUUAAAUCCCCACUCCACUCCUUCAAAUUGAAAACAAUGCUGUGAACUUUUCUCUUCCCCAGGGUCAGAGCAUCCAAUUUAUUCCCUUGUAUUAACUGACUAAGAUAUUCCCCUGGUUGGUCCAGGAUCUUAUCACGUGUGCAUAAAUAAUUAUUUUGAUUUAGCUAAAUUUUACAUGUAACCCCAAAAAUGUAUAUGUCGUCGUUUACUUUUAUCCUUGGUUUAAAUUUUAUCUUUCUUUGUUUUUGGGUAUGGUAAUGUAGGAUAAGGAGUUUUAAACAAAGGAAAAUAAAAUUAAAACCGAUGAUAACAUUAAACCACGACAUGUAUUUGGAGAUCUUGAUGCUUUGAGAUGAAAUCAAUGCCUAAAAGCUGCAUACUCCAAAGAUCUAAAUAUCCAUCUAAAUUAUUAAUAAGUAUUUUAAGAAGAAGGAUUCCUCUUAAGCUUUAUGAUCUAUCUUAAGAUAGUAAAAUUUAUUUUCAUUUAAUAUAUGUUUUUGCCUUUUUUAGUGCCAAAUGGUGAUUCCCCUCAAGUAAGACCACCAUAUGGUAUGUAAUGACAUAAAACAUUUAAGCAGUAUACGUAGCAGUCUAUUCAUACAAUCAAGUUAAAACUACAAUCAAGUGGAGUAUUAGGUUAAAAAUUUCCCUUGCCAAAUUUUCAAGAGCAUUGCAUUGGUAGAACAGCAACAACAACAACAACAACAACAACAACAAAUUUUAUUGUACCUGAAAACAAGAUAUAUUAACCCAUUCGCUGGAGAUUUUGCAGAAAAAAGGGGUUUUGAAGCUAGGCGAGUGGCUUUCUGGUCGCUGUCGUGCUAUAAAGAGGUAAAACUUACCACAAAACGGUUUACAGGUCGUACACUUCAUGGCCUUCUGAUCCAGAUGCAAAAUAUCAGCUUGCGAAAUUCGGGCAUGUGCAGAAAGCAAAAUUUCGAGGUAGUUUUUGGGUUUAAAUGUGACACAGCAGUCUUGACAUUUACUUUUCACUUUCUCUCCUCCCCUCUUUUUUCGCUUUUCUUGCCUUAUUUUUUUUCUCUUGCUGGGCAUUUAGUAGGCUUCAUCUUGGUGGGAAUAGUUUUUAGGAAAGCUUUUAGGAUCUUUGGAUUAGGUGAGAGGAACGGUAGGUGGGCAAUGGAACAAGAUUUUCAUGGAGAUUUUCAGGUCAAUGUUACAUGGUGUUUGGCCUCUUUCUCCGGUGCCCUUGACUGAAUUGUGCUCAUUCUGGUAUGGUUUGAAAGAUCUCUUCACUCUGCACAAGUUAGCGGACACAGUUGUCCUUGACCAUUAAAACUGAUGACGUCACAAAGGGUAGAAAGGACGUGGAUCUGCACGGGCGGUUACGGGUGGUUCAGGGGCAAAUGGGUUAAAGAUAAUUUACAAGUUGUGAUAUCAGUUAAUCAGAUAAAAGAAGACUGACUUCCUGAAAUGACAAAUAUUAAGUUAAAAAUUCCAGGAACCAGUUUCAGUAAGAUAAGUAAAAAAAAAUUCGCAGAUGGAAACUGUUUGAGUAUCAUAAUGCAACAUCAACAUGAUGAAGGCAUUGAAAGUCACAAACUCUGAAUUUUAUUCUUAAUUAUAGUCAAUUUAAGCAGGUCAUCUUUGCUUAUUAGUUUUGAUCCCCAGUGCUUAUGAACUAUUUGUUUGUUGAUGAGAGGAUGAGAAUCUGUGGCCAGUUGUGUGAAACUGUUGCAAUGUAACAGCUAAAUGCCUCCAUCAGCUGUUGAGCCAGUCAUUAAGUUUCAAAUAGAACAUCCAGCACCUGAAGAUCAUUAGGGCCUAAUGUAUUGAAUGAAAGCUGGAAUUACAAUAGCUGUUAAAAAAUUAUGCUUUUCAGGGUGUAGAGAAAAUCAUUUUUACAGCUUGCCACUUAGCCCAGACGACAUUUCAACUAGCCCCAAAAACGUUUUGACGAGCAGAAUUGAUUUCAAACAGAAUUCACUUGCCCAAUAGCAAAAGCCACUAGCCCUGGGCUAUCGGACACUUCUUUCUUUGCACGCUGUUUUUGAUUCUUUAUAUACAUACAUUUUUUUUCUUGCCAUUCCUUCGUCAGCUAAAAAUCCACCUGUUAUCAUACGUCAUCCUCAAUCCUACAUUGUUCCUGAUGGAUACCCCUCACUGAGCCUCAGAGUUGAAGUCCUGGAGCAACCUGUGACAUAUCAGUGGUAUAAAGAUGGAUUUGUGCUUGUACAGCAGACCAGGGCAGAGUUGAAUUUCCAACCAUUUCAUUACAGAGAUGAAGGCAAUUAUUGUUGCCGAGUUGAAAACAGCGCUGGUGAUGCACUCAGUAAUGUUGCCACAUUGCAAGGAGCUCGUGGUAGGUCUCGGAAUAUUGAAAGUUAUUUGGGAAUUGAUCUUCGCGCAACUUUAAAAGACUGGGUAAUUUCCAUUUGAACAAAAAUUCUGAAAAAAAGAGAAUGUCUUGAAUAUAUGGUUUGCAAAUUAAUUUUGUUGGGGAGGUUCUCUAAAUUCUCUGAAAACUUGCUAUGUUUUCUUAGCAAUUAAUUUAAAAAAAACAAUGCAGUUCCUGGAUGAUUAAAUUGUGUGAAACAAAUUCCUGUGGAUAUUUUUAAUUCAGUUGUUUAAACAGGUAUGUUGAAAUACCGAACCAUAUUUUAGGAAUUGUAUAUGUUGUAGGUAAAAUCCAUUCUUCAGUACAAUCUGUCAUAGCGAUUACUUCUCAUAAGCAUACCACCACUUUGUAAAUGACCAGUUUGUUUCUCACUCAAAUACCGUUUUAUACACUGUAACCUCUCCCAUAGGCAGCAACUUCUCAGAUUUCUUAAAUGACCUUGACCUCUUUUAAGGCCAGAAAUAUGCAUCUUUUUGUUUUUGGUUUCUGGUUAGCAACCACUGCAGGGCAUGGUCAUGUAUGACUGUAAGAAAACCAUAGUUGAAUGUCACAAAUGUUCAGUUUUUAGUAGCGCUGACCCAGAGUGCUAACAAAUACAUUGUAAUAACAGUGUACUUCCAAGAAAAACGAAAAGUUCACUGACUAUCAUGGUUGCAAAGAGUUGUCCUUUGCAGUCAUGUAAGUGUCUGAUAUUCUUGUUGACUUGAGGUUCAAAGUACAAAUUAAAGUAAUCGAACAUUCAAGACUUUGUGUAUAAGCUUUUAAAUGAGAUUGAUUGAUAGUGAAUUUUUAAUUACAUAUAUGUACCUCAUGUUUUCACUUUUAUCCUAGGUUUUGUUUUCGGUUAAAACUAAGUUUAGGUGAUUUAUCAUUAACAAGUGACAAAUUUCUAACUGUAUUAAUAUUCCACUUAUUGUUGCUCUUAAAAAGAGCAAAUUAGUUUCAGGCAGCCAAAACGUUGUCUAUUAGCCUAAUUUUAGCUUAUGAGGUGUUAUCUUUAUUACUCAUGCGCAACUAAGUGCAUGAGGUAUAAAAUGUCCUCCGUUUCUUUUUUUGUUUUUGGUGUCACAUUGGUGCAUGUAGAUUUGUGCUUGCAUACAUUUACACACAUGACUGUGAACAGAUGUUUGUGGUUAGUUGCUGGUGUUUAGCUCCCUCUUGCACCCUUACUUUGCCAUAUAAUCAUGUCCUCAAAAUAGUUUGGUGAUGAUGUUUCAAGACUUUAUCAGGUAAGUCUCCCUUUUCUGUCUGUCCACUGAAACGUCAUCUGCAGUCAGGAUCAUCUCAUAGUGAAGGUUGCCUUUUGCCUGAUUCCUCAUGGUUAUCGCCAGUGUAAUGUAACCAAGGUUCGUACAGAGUCUUGAAUCCUUGAAAAAGUCUUGAAAUUUGCCCAGAAAUUUUCCGGACCUGGACAAAGUCUGGAAAAUGGAGAUAGUCUGGAAAAAUCAUAAAAAGUCUUGGGUUUUAUUUUAUUUUUUUCCAAAGCUACAAUAAAUGCUUUAUAAGUGAUUUUUUUCUUCAUUUUGGUCAAAUCUUAUUUAAUCUUGCCCUGUAAGUUUGCAGCACAUCAUAGAAAAAGUUUUGGUCCUGCUUUUUAUAAGGUCUCUAUUGACCUAUUUAUCUAUCUCUUUUGGAAAAAAGUCCGCAAAAAGUCUUGAAUUUUGGAUCCAAAAAUCUGUACGAAACCCUGUGUAACCUUGCAAGUGGAGUGAUUGUUAAUGUAGCUAACCUGGAGCAUGGGAAUUUAAGACCCCAGAUCACAGUGGAGUCUAGAAUUGUUGGUUCUUGUGGAGGGUGAUCAACUGGAAACCCCAGAGAAAACCUCUCCAAAUAAGGACAAGAACCAAUCGCCACAAACUGAAUUCACAUGUCACUGUGACAUCUUCAACUCCAGAAUUCAAAUCCAGGCUACAUUGAGAAGGGGUGAGUGCUUUAUCACCUUCAGGGAUGGAAUUUGUUUCUUCAAGUGUAUCUCCUGGUUCAUGCAAGGUAGUGGGUAUUAAUUCAGGGGUGUUCCAGUGGGCUUAAAAAGUAAGAUCCAAAGAUCUUCAAAAGGCGUUUUGAUUGGCCAUAUUUUAGAAAUAGAUUAGUCAGGUAUUUAUGGCACUGAAAACCAUCAUUCCACUGAAAUAAAAAGUUGACUUGUGUGGAAUGUUUCAGUGACUCAAGUAUCCCUAGGGAAGGGUUUUGCAGCAUGUCUUGGUGUGUUCUCCUUGUUCCAGAAUGUAACAUACCCUAACACUAUAAUUCUUGUCAGAUGCCAUGUAAAAGGGCAGAAUUUGUCCUUUUACAAAGCAAGCUCUUUUCUUGUAACCUUCCUCCUCUCUUUCCUGCCCUUAAUAUUGCCUAUAAAACUUUCAUUAUCAAGAAAAAAAUGUUCAUUAGUGAAGGUAAAAGGUGCUAGUAACAACCUCCCUGAAGGUUAUAGCCCUGGUAAUGGUGGUUACUUACAGGUACCAUAAUAUUGAAGUCAAACAAAAAGAAACUUUCAUUUGGUGCAUUAUUAACUGAAAAUUUUUACCUGGUAUUCAGUGUGAUAUAAUGUUGAGAUUCAAUUUUUUCUCUGGUCUAAAUUAUAUGGUUUCCUGUGUGGUGGAGCAUGGUAAUGCAUGUAGUCAGUUUCGAACAAGGGAAAACAGAAAUUGAACCAAGGAAAGGAUUGAACCUCAUCAUAUUAUUGACAAGGUUAUUUAACAGAAAUAGAAGGUAAAGGUACAUAUCAACAGCAUUGUAUUUAUUUUUUGUGCUUGCUUGUUAAUUCUUGUUCUUUCAAUUUUUCAGCCCCAGCUCCUGAUGAUGAACAAAAUUGUCCCCUUGGCCGAUCAGGUAGGAUUUGAAACUCCUUUACUUUUGUUAUUUUAUAUUUUGAUCUUAUAGAUUUUGUCUGUUGUGAUAUCAGUAAUUGUUCAGUUGGACUAUAGUACAGUCAAACCUGUAUAUGACGGCCCAUUGUAGUGGUUACCCUGUAUAAUACUGUCACCGUGACCAUACAAUCUCCCAAAAAUUUUGCCUUAGAUUUUCUGUAAAGUUAUACCUGUAUAUGGCAGUCACCUGAGUAAAACAAAUGCAGUUACACUGUGGAAGUCCUAAAUGCACAAUUCCAUUGUUUUUUACUCGUAUAUAACAAUCGCCAAAAUUAUAAAUUGGUUUUGAUCAAACAAUUAGUGAAUCAUAACAAACUUUAUUCAAAAGGCCUCACUCUGUCACGAGCCUUUUCCUGAGGGUGACCGUUAUAUACAGGUUUGACUGUUUUAAAUUUUGUCAGACUUAUAACAUCAUUAAAUAAUGCUCUGUUGGCUUUCCUUUAUCUGACAAGAAAUGACGUCUUACACUAUAAAAAACAGAAUCACAAUUGACAUUAUUUGACCCUCUCCUCCUUUUGUAUAUUAUGUUUCUUUGUUGACUUAGAUAAGGGUAGUGCCAGGAACUUACGAUAUUAAUUUAUUUUGCAUAGCCCAAAUUCACUGAAAAUUGUCUGGUACUAUAUUCCCAGGGGGGUACUCAGCAUUUCAAGUGACAGGGGUGAUCGAAGGAUUUUUUGGGGUUUGAAAUUUUUGAUUUCAGGAUUUUUUAGGUAGCAAAAUUUUGGAAAGUACAUUUUUGGGGAGGUUGAUUUAACUACAGAUUUUUGGGGGUAUUCAAAACUAAUGUUUCUAUGUUUCGUGUAAUAUUAUUGAAGGCUUUCUGGAAAUUUUUAUGGUUCGGAAAUUUGGCAUGGCAUUUUUUUUGGGUUUUGUUGGAAGCACUAGGGAAUUGUUGGGUUUUAAUUUUGCCCCCCUUUAAUCACCCCUCUCUCUUGAAAUCCGGAGUACCCCCCCCCACCCACCCCCCCCCCCCCCAGACUACCGUAUAGUAUUAGAAUGUUACUUUUUUAGAGAAAGAAUUAAUUAUUUUUUAAGUUGACAAAAUAGGACCUGAAAAGUCCCCUAUUAUCAUACAGCCUCUGCAAUAAUUACUGAUCAUUAUCAUGUUGAUUGAGUAGAUAUAAAGCAGCUUGAAGGCUGAUGUGACCGUUUAUAGCUAUAUGCACACACUGAUGUAUAUAUUUUUAAGGUUGUAUCUGUCACUGCCUUUCAUUUUGAACAAUAUUAUAUUAUAUUAUUUAAACAUUCAAACAAUGUCUUUUAUUUGAAAAUAUCAUUUAUAUACAUUUCCUUCCCUUGACAGUGCCAGGUGGAAGAUCACCUCAGCUAACUCAAAAAGGUAACCAUGAAUUAUAUUACUAUUAAUAUUACUCAUAUUAUUUUUAUUAUUUAUAAUGACCUAGCAGUCUUAUUGUCAGUCCAAAUUUGUAAACGUAUGAAUGGAUAACUAUGUAACUAUGUGUGAUGUUGACUGGAAGAAUAAUUGAUUAAAUUCUUAUCAAAAAUUCUACAACAAACUAGACUGAUCCUAAUUCAGUUUCCGCUUCUAUCUACUAGACAAAGUCUGGAAAAGAAAUUAGUUUUUCAUGUGCUUUUUAUUACUUCUAAUAGUUGGUUAAGUAAGGAUAUUCUGGGAAGAGAACACUUUUAGGUGCACUUUCCAAUAAUUUAUUUUUUCAAUGAAUUAUUUAUAUCUGUCAUUGUUUCACAUACAUCUUUGCAUAGUUGUGCUCACAUAGAAUAAUUGACUGCACUGACUGACCAACUAUUAAAUAAUUUGUGCUUUUGUGUCUUUUGCAUUGUUUUAGCCACAGAUAAAGUUGCCCUCGUCAUUGGCAACCGAGACUAUGUCAGCUUACCAGUCGAUGAAAGUCCUCUGGUACACACAUGCAGUGAUGCAAAGAUGAUUGCGUCAAUUUUACGGAAGCCGGAGAUGGGUUUUAAAGUCAUCUCACUCAUGAACCUGACAAGAAAUGAAAUGUAUCAAGCCCUGGAUAUCUUUUAUAAACUCCUUGGUGAAGGCGUAUAUGGCCUAGUAUACUUUGCCGGCCAUGGAUUUGAAGAGGGAGGGCAGAAUUAUUUGGUUCCUGUUGACACCAUGGGGGCUUGGGUACCAGAGCAAGCUGUUUGCGCUCAGAAGAUGCUUGAUGAAAUGAAUAGAUAUCGCACAGAGUUGAUUGUAUUUCUUUUGGACAUUUGUCGGAAAAGGUAGGAAGAUAAUGUUAAUGUCACAAUGGUUACGCUCUUUAACCUAACUGGCCACACCCAAAACAUCAGUGUAAAUGACACUAUCUCUUAACCUAUGCCGAUUCAGUUUGGGGUCCUGCAAGGUAAUAUCUUAGGCCCACUCUUAUUUAUAAUGUAUAUCGAUGAUCUUACCCUUGCUGUAAGAGCAUGCUGUGUGGAGCUCUAUGCCUCUGACAUGCUUAUUUUUUUGGCCGGUAAAUCUGUUAGCGAAAAUGAGUCAAGGUGUUCAUCGGAUCCAGGUAGAUUAAUAAGUUGGUUUCAGUCUAACUUCUUGAUGCUUUUAAAUGUUUCCAAGACUAAAAUAAUGCUAGUAGGUACCCACCAGGGGCUUAAUGCAGUUGACAGUUUUUCAGUUGCAGCAGACAACACUAGUUUACAGAGGAUGGAUACUUUAAAAUAUCUUGGUGUAACUGUGGAUGAACCCUGUCCUGGAAAGAACACGUUAGCUUAUUAGGCAAGAAGAAUUCCUCUAGGCUAGCAUAAACUGUGCUGCCCUCAGAAAGUCUUACCUUAGUCUUUGUGUUACAUUAUAUAAUACGAUGGUAGUGCCUUUAUUUGACUAUUGUACGGUCGUUUGGAAGAGCUGUGAUCAGGGUAGUAAAUCCGACUUAGACAAGCUUAAUCGCCAUGCUGCAUGUAUAAUUGAGGGCCGUGCAGUUAAGGCUGACAAACUAUCUACUGUAUUUGGCUAGCCCUAGUAGUAAGCAUGCCAUAACUUCCUUAAAUCUGUUGUGUCUACAAGUGUAUCAACGAAUUAGCACCCUCUUAUCAUUAUAAAUGCAAUCAAUUCACCAGUUGACUUAAAAUUUUAUACUAUUGUAGCACGCUCAAAGCAGUAUGCGUCAAUGCCUACAUGACUAUAUUUUUUUACCUCACCAUUAAUAUGUUUUUAUCUUGCAACUGAGAGAAAGUUUAAGACUGAGUUUUGCCAGCAGUCCAUGUGCAAAGGCUAUAAGUCACUGACUUUAUAAAUACAUUGCUUUCUCACUGGAUACGCACAUUACAUUGUGUGGAAUCAUUUUCUGGGUAAACUGAAAUGUGACUUGACCGUUGUAUAAUCUAAAUAAUGGUAACCUUACUUAAAUCUUUUGCUGCUGGUGGCAAUGAAGAAAAAAGUUAACCACACAUACAACUAACGGGUUUAAAACCAAAUUCUUGUUUGCAGGUCAAAUGUAGAGACAAGUUUUGCUUUCAAAAGCUACGAGUUCCCAUACAAUGCCCAAGCAGUUUUGGGAUUUGCCACGUAAGUUAAGAUUAUAAGCAUAACAUUUUCAAAGACAUAAGGUCUCAUGUGAAGACCCUGGUGCUUUGAAAACUACAUGUAUUCUCUAUGAGAAUUGUUUUAAGUGUUUGCAUGUGACUUUGAGAUAGAACUGUAUGCAUGUUACCUUAUUCUUAUGUGUGCAGUUACUAGACUAUAUUUAGUGCAUAAGGAUUUCGCAAGUUGAAGCGUGCAUGAAUGUGUAUAACAUGCUGUGAAAAUCUGUCAUUUAGGCACAGGUACAUGUAUUUAUAAGGGCUUCCUUUGUAAGCUGAAUGAAAACAUAGUUAUAACACCUGACUUUUUCCUCUUAUGCCAUUUAUUAAAAUCAUUCCGAGGGUUUAGAAAUGAGUUUCAAUGUUCUUAAGUACAAUAUGUUGCGUAUGUGACACAAGAUCUUUUGUGUGAGACAGUAUUCUAUGCUUUAUUGAGAUGGUGGAGGGUAUGGGGAGACCAUGGAUUGUGCUCUGGUCAAGGUGGACUAGAGCAGCAUCUUCUGUGACUGAGUAGCGAUGUUCUCCUUAGUGCCUGCAGAUAUACUGUAGAUGAUAGUGUCUCUUAGAAUUUCUCUCUCCCCUGUGUUCAUGUCUCUUCUGUUCUGCCCAUCUUAGCCAAUAUGUCACAUCAAACUUCUUGAGCUCUUGAUUCACAGUCUCUUGCCAUUAUUAGCAGUCAGAUAACAUAAUUAUGAAAACUAUACCCCUGCAGAGGAUAUACAAAUAUGUGUCAUAGAUUUCGAACUAAACCUUUUUUUUGUCAGUACUGACAUGGGGUGGAAGAAUGAAAAUAGCACUAAUUCACCUCAGACAAUGCCACUUAUUGCCUGGGUAUCGGUACUUUGUAACAAUAGUGUUGACUUCGCACAUUUUUCUUGCCACAUUACCGAAAUGAUUGGCCGUGCCCAGACAAACCACCUGUGAUGUUCCUUAAGUCAAGGAGGACAUCCCAACAUCAGUAAUGUUGUGACACUGAGUUAUACAAUAUAAGGGAUGAAGGGUCUGUGUACAGUCUUUUGUAGUAAAGAUAUGGAUGUUCCCUACAAACUAUAUUGUGUCUUUUUUCACGUACUAAAAUAAUAUUUAUUCAUGGUAAAUAUAUUGUAACUCUUUAACUUGUGUCUGUAGAAGUCCUCAGUCUGAAGCUUAUGAAAGAAGACAGGACCCUAAUGGGAUUUACAUGAAACACCUGCUUAAGCAUGCCAUGAAUGAUGCUAAGGUCGAGGAUGUUUUACACGAGGUGGCAGCAGGUAUGACAAGGAAGGCGAUUGAAAUAAAUAUGUAAAUAUAAAGCCGAGCAAACAGUUUAUAAUUACCGUAAAAUUCCGAAAAUAAGCGCCUCCAUGUAUAAGCCCCUCCAAAUAUAAGCCCCCCCCCCCUCCCUCCCCCCGAACUCCAAACGUUAAAAACCCUCCGUUAAAUCGUCCCUCCAGAUAUAAGGCCCCCGGGGCUUGUACUUGGAAUUUGCCCUCAAAUUUAAAGUAAAACAGCAAAAACUGUACAGUAACACAUAGAUUUUUGCAUUUGCCAAAGAACUGUUACAUGAGCCAAAUGAUUGCAGUCAAAAAGUGUCACAGUAUAUUGCUGUUUGCGUAGUUCACUCUUCACUCUUGGCCUGGAUUUCCCCCCCGUCCAUAUAGACAAAGUACUUGCCUUGUUGUGUUUUGGAAAGAUCUACGUCCUCAAGGCGAGUUUCAGUAAGAAAUUUCUGCAAAUUACUGACAUAAAUAUCCCUCUAACUUUUAACUGGCCCAAUUGAUGUUGACACGCAAAUUUCCCUCCCAGUAUAAGCCCAGCCGAGUUUGAAACGCAAAUUUCCCUCCGUAUAUAAGCCCCUCAAAAAAGGGUCUUUGAAAAAUAUAAGCCCCCGGACUUAUUUUCGGAAUUUUACAGUAUCCUACUGUACAGUAUGCGUGUCCUUUCAUAUUAGAUUCCAGCCCAUCAGAGGUGUAUUAUCAUAGUACUAUUAUACUAUUAUCAUUACAGUCAAAACCCACCUUAUAUACACCCACUUAUAGUUAAUACGGACAUCUCAUUAUCAUGGUCAGUUUGCUUUACCCCUGGGGAAAGAAAGCCAUUACAUGUUCUCUAAUUUCAACCCACUUAAUAUGGGCACCCUGUUAAUACGGACACUUUCUUUGGCCAACUUUGUUGUGCGUAUUAACCGGGUUAUCUCGGACACAAUCCGUUUUAUGUUGAAAAAAUGUCAACUUUUUGCACCAGUAAUGUCCAGCCUUAAUUAAAAUCUGAAGUUCUUGAUUUAGUUUUCCAUCGGAGGCAAUAGGAACAAUGCACUUAAAAACAUUAUCGAUUUUGAGCCUGCUCCUUCCCCCUCCACUUUCCACCUGGGUGCUUUUGUCAAUUAAUACAUGAUCCUUAAUAUAAGGGUGUCAUUUGCUGAAAUAUGGAGAGAUAAGACUCACUGAAAGACUUUUACGACUUUUACUCAUGUGAAAAUGAUAAAUAAUUUUCUAAGACCCCAGCGGAAUUUAAACUAAUGGCAUCCUGGAAAUCGUAGUUACUAAAACAAGGAAUGACCUACAAUGAUCUACAAUGAUCUAUAAUGAUCUACAAGGACCUACAAUGACCGAACGAGGGGACCUGAAAAUACGCUUAAGAUCCCUGUAAUACGUUAGAAUGAAGAUUUUAGAAAAAGACAAAAAAAAAAAAAGAUCAGGGGACAUGUGUGCAUAAACGUAUCGCGUUUAGUCUACUGCAUGACAGCCCAAAUGAUGACAGCAUCUCUAAUUAUUACGCUUGGAGAUAAAUUUACAGUGUAAUAAUACAUGUAUGAUGAUAAUGAAAACCAUCCCUUGCAACCUUUCCCGUCAGUUGUGUUUUGUGUUGUCUUUUUUUCAAACAAAUUAAACAAACACAGUCACCCCAACAGUCGAUCCGGGGGGAUCUUCAAGGGACGUUUGGGUAUAGAUGAACAAACGAGGCCUUCAAAUUCUGACACUGUUUAAGAGAAAAAUUGUUUAUUUAAGUACCCUGGCCUGUAUAAGACAUCAUAAGACCCUUUACCGUAAAUGAUCUAAUAAACGCCCGGGGCGUUAAUUUAAUUUUACGGGUCCAACUGGGGGCGUUUAAUAGAUGGGAGGCGUUUAAAAGAGAGAGGCAUUUAUUCUCGUAACUUAUUUUAACGAACUCAACAUGACUGUAUACAGUAUGCUUUCGGCUAAAAACGUUUUUGUGUUAACAGGAUCUCGACUGCGGGCCUGACGGCUUAUCUAGAAAUUGAACAUGACAUAAUACACAAACUGAUGUUAAUCAAGCAAUGAAAUUAAUAAAUUGAUUGAUUUCGCUCUAUUUCGCCAUUUCGUAGUAUUUGGGGGCAAUUUUCAAGGGGGGCGUUUAUUAGAUAGGGGACGUUUAAUACUAACUUAACAGCGUAGGGGGGGGGGGGGGGGGCGUUUAUUAGAUGAGAGGCGUUUAUUUGAGAGUGGGCGUUUAUUAGAUCGUUUACGGUAAGUGGCUUCCGGUCCAACAAGAUGCUCUGUUUGUAACGCUAAAUCCUGCUCAGCGGCCCAUACCCAUCUAGGCCAACUAAGGGAGUGCCUGGAUGACUUCUGUCAAUACAGGGUAUAAUAGUGUUAACGGUAAAAACGCGAUUGCAAUAAUUUAUUACCAAGUUUCUCAAGUUACCCGAGAUCAGGCUUUAUUUUGUUUUGCCUUUUCAAAAUGUGCUUGGCAAUUUAAUACCAUGAGCCUAGUGUCAAGUCCAAGUGUGACACACGACAAACAUCAUUGUCUGUCAUUUUGUAGCUCAUUGUAGGGCUUAUUUUAACUCAUUUUAGCUCGUAGCAGCUCAUAGUAGCUCAUUGUAGAUUAUUGUAGGUCAUUGUAGAUCAUUGUAGGCCAUUCCUUGUUUUAGUAACUACGUUCUGGAAAUAAUUGGUGGCCCCUGGGUGCACUAUUUCUGUUUACAUCGUGAAUCAACUUGUAAGUGGGCAAAUUGAUCACCAAAUGAUCUUAUUUAUAGCACAUGUAUUUCCAACUUUUUCCCUAGAUGUUGAAGCAGAGGUAAAAAGAAACAAGUGGUUAGAGCGGCAGCGUCCAGAGUAUCGAACCACAACAACCAAGUGUUACAGUUUGCGUGAUCCCAUUGUCCCUGACGAACAUUCUGCUGCACGGCAGAAGCUGUGGCUUGACAUACACAGUAAGCUGGCACACCUUAUGUCCUUUAGCCUGUUCCAGGUGUUCGGGUCAUAGACACACUGUUCAGAUGGCAGAUGGUGGGGACCAAUUUAAAUCGCUGGGAGGAAAAACGAGGGAGGGAAGACUGGGUAUCUGAACGCCUGGAACAGUCUUUAUUUCCUUGAAUGAAACAGCUUUUGCUGCCUUGGCCCCUAUGGCCUAAGCAAUAUUUCAUAAAGAGUAAUCACUUAUUGUGUACUCCAUAACUACCGUGUAUAGUACAGCAUCUUGUGAAUGUGAGAUUACUAAGGCAUCUUGGACAGUUGCUGUGGCUUUUAAUCAUUUUCGAUCUUUCUCAUUGCAAAACAACAAUGUGUUUUUCUUCCAUAAGUAUUAAAAGGUCACUUUUGUACUGAGGAGUUUUCUAUUCCCUUUUGUGUUUUUCACCGCCCCCCCCCCCCCCCCCCCCCCCCCCCCCCCCCCCCCUCUUCCACACCCUCUCCGCUCUUUUUUAUUUUAAUAUAUAAAUUUAUAAAAAAAAUAAAAAUUAUUAUUAGACAUUAUUUUUUUUGUUUUAAUAUAAUAAACAUCAUUUCAUAUUUUAACACUAAAUAUAUAUCAAUUCCAAUACUCCUGUGUUUAGUAACAUAUUUGUGGAAUGGGGAGUUACUAAAGGUUCUUGGCACUUUGCUGUGGCUUUUAAUCUUUUUUGUUUUUUUUCAUUUUAAAAAAAAAAUUUGUUUUUUUUCCCUAAUUUUUAAAAGGGUACUUUUUUCCCGAGGGGUUUUUUUUUCCCUUUUUUUUUUUUCCCCCCCCCCCCCCCCCCCCUCCUCAACAUGUUCCACUUGAAUGGCAUGCUGCUUGCAUUGUAUAAAAUUGGACAAGUGAUUUAAAAAUCGAAACGUAUUUAUUGACACCUAGUGUUGAUCUCCUUAAGUAACACGAGACAUGUCUUAUCCAUUAAAACUGUCUGUGCAAAUAGAUUGGUGGUUUUUUAGCAACAUUAAAGAGUACUGGUGCACAGUUACUUAAACCCUUGUACUAACAGUCAACUGUAAAUGUGUUUGCCCAUUUUAGAGUUGCCACAGAAGCGAGAUAUCAAAAUUGAUUCAGGCAUAAGAUUAGAGAUCAGCUUCGAACACCUAAACUGGCUGUCAAAUGCAAUUGUUCUGUGUUUGAGAGUCACUGAUCUGGGGGAUGCAACAUUCUGUGACCCCAGCUUAAUGCUGGAUAAGUUGCCAAUGGUAUGUGUUUAUUAUCAGAGUAUUUUUUGUUUGAAAUGUAUGGUAGCCUAUAGUCAGUCCCUGUAAAAGUGUGCUUUUUGGCUGCAGUUGGAGUUCACACCCAAGUCAGACAAUCAGCCAAGUUUUCUAAAACCUGAUAGGAUCAUUCUAGCAUCCCAUCAAUGCGUUGUUUUUACUUGUCAUGCAAUCCUCAAGGAAGGCGUGAUAAAACCUUAAGAACCUCUGCUUUGGAGACUAGAGCUAUUCUGACAAUGAUAAUUAUUUAAUAACUUGUUUAACUCCAUAAACCACCAAGUUUGUCCUAAAAGGAUCUUAUAAGGAGCAAACUAAGCACAUGGUGGGGGUCCGUAGUGACCAAGAGUUUGGUAUGUGGUUUGUCUAGAAUCCUGCUAAAAGAAUUGAUUGGUUCAUUGGGUAAUGACAUUAAUUAGGUGCCAAAGAACUAAGACUGGUAUACAAAAUAACACUCUUAAAAGAUCCUCGUGUGAUCUUUCAGGGUCUAGCUGGAGAAAAGAAGCAUUGAUGUUAUUUGGGGUUGAUGUUGUUUCAUGUCUUGUCACCGUGGUGAAUAAGUUGUGAACAUGUAUGUUGAUGCAUCUAUCAUUAUGUAUCUAUCAUUUUCAUACAGACAAUUUAAUGAGUGGAUUGGUUUAAAUUUGCAGGAUGUUCAAACUGUUCACUUUCACCCAGCUACAACCAACAUACUGAGACAAGUUGUACAGGUGAGCCCAAUUUAUCAGCUAGCUUGACAAAAUGUAGAUCAACAGCAAGUGUAGACUACACAAUGUUGUAGCUUUUCAGUUAGGACCUUUCGGAAAACCACAGUGAUGUGAUGAAAGUUUCCUAAUAAAUUAUUAUUAUUAUUAUUAUUAUUAUUGUUAUUAUUGUUAAAAAACUUAUGGUGUAACCAUUUGGAUGAAACCUUAGUCUUAAAUAGUACUUUUUGUAUGUUGCUAUUUGUUUGUUGAUCGUGCAAAAAAAACCCGUUCAUUUCCAGAGUCAUAACAUAAUGAUAGUAAUAAUAAUAAUAACAAUAAUAAUAAUAUAAUAAAAAUAAUAAUAAGAAGAAGAAUUUUUUAAACUUUAAAAAAAUAUGGACAUAAUUUACAGAAAUAUUUGGAGUAAGAAUUAAGCACUAUAUAACAUUAAGAAUAGUAUAAAUAAUAAAAAUAGCAAUCACUGUAUCAAAAACGAUUUCACAAAUACAUUCCUUGCGGCUCAGAUGCGGUCACUAACUCUUGCAGGCAGUCCAGAGUUUUAAAUUAAGUCAUUACCAAUCCGUCUCUGAUAUUAAGAAGAAAACAAGUUAAAAAAGAAUAAAAAUCUCGUAUAAAUGCCUAAUUUCUAAUUUUUUUAAAAAAAAAAUUAAUUCGGGCAGGCUCUAAUAUCAUCAAUCUGUAGGUCUGAGUCAACAAAGUCUAGCUGCCUCUCAAGCAUAAUAUCGCAGAACAUACGAUGGCGAAAGAUACUUUAGCUCUUAUCCAGGAAAUUGCGCUUGAGUAACUUUCCCCCUUCUUCUUCAUAAUAAUAAUAAUAAUAAUAAUAAUUUUUUUAAGCUAAAUUGAGUUCUUUUUAAAUCGACAGAAAUUGUAAAUAGUGUUUUUGAAUGAAUAGUUUUUUCUUUUUUUUUAAGCGAAGUAAUUGUAAAUAGGAUUUUAAUAGUUUUUUAAUAAAAUAAUAAUAAUAAUAAUAAUAAUAUUUUAUUACUUUUAUACUUUUAUAGCGCAAAAUAAUCAUGAAUAUGAUCUAAUCAAGCUGAAUUAAAUGGAAUAAAAAAACUGCACGAACUGUGAAAUACUGCAAAACAUUUACAAUGUGACUUGUGAUACUUAAUUGAAGUAAUCAACAGUAAAAUAUGAAAAUUAUAUGAACGAUUAAAAUAAUAUAUCUAACAAUAGAUAUAGCCAGGUGAAAUGAUUGAGUUAGUCUUAACAUAAAAGUGUCUGUCUAAAACGAUGUGUUUUAAGAAGAUGUUUAAAGGGUUUGCAUGUUCCCAAGUUAGCCUAAACAGGUACUUACAUAAAUGGUGAUUAGCACAAAUUUGGGCUAUUUAGGUUCUUAACUAGGUUCAGGAAAUAAGAACCUAGUUAAGAACCUAAAUAGCUAAGACUAUUUCAGUAGUGGUAUCCAGCUUAUUCCUUAUCAUGAUAUUGUCUGCGUACUAUAGGGGGAGGGGGUGGGGGGGGGAGGCUAACUGGCAAAUUUUAGCUUAACAGGUUCUUAAAAACCAGGUUCUUAGUCGUGGGUUUUUACUGUAUCGCCAUACCCAAAUGAGUGACAGUGCUUUAUUGAUUAUUUGACAUGUCACCUACCUUUGAUUUACCAGGAGCGUCCAGGGGUGCAAAAUGGAGUAGUUCCACGGUGCAUGAAGAUGGGUCAGGACAGUCCGUCACAAACCCCUGUGGAGAGAAUCAGUGAUAUUUACAAUAUUCAGAGACUAAAGGUAAUUCCUCGUAAAGCAAGGUUUAUAAAUUUGUCAGACAAACAACAACAUACAAGCUAAAGAGGUCCAUUGCUGACUAAAACUGAUAGCAAGAAUACGCCUAAAUGUUACUCGAAGAAUAUUAACGGCGUUUUGAGGAAUGUCUGCGUGAAAAAACGUCCGAUCGCACUCUGAAACUGCCGGGUACAAGCAAGUGUUUUGAAGAAACUUUAGUCUUUGUGGAGGAGGUAAGGAUGUUAUGAUCUUGGAAAUAUUUUGAAUGAAUGAAAAAAACAACUAUUGAAUUUGGCUCUCGUAUGAUAUGAUCUAUUUUCCGGUCUCGGUGGGUGUUUUUCACCUUGGCCGGUAACAUCCUCCCCGAACUGCAUAAUUUUUAUAUCAUACUCAGCGUCAUUUGACUUGUUAAAUGUUUAUAUAUAGAUAGAGCUGUCAUUGUAUUGUUAUUUCCGUAAACCUUAAAUGGGAAUAUUGCUUUAUUCCAGACUCCACUUGCACUGACCAUAACUAACAAGUAUGUCUUACAAGGAUCUCGGGAAGAGAGAACCAAACAUUUCGUGGAGGUGUUCAACGUCAAAGAGUUUGGAAUUAACACAGCAUUCUUUAACGACUGA